AUGUUCGAUUCGAGAGCAGCGAGAAAAACUGUGAUAUCUGAGUCAGAACUCCAGCUGCUCGACAAGCAAAUGUUCCCUUCCCCAUAUUUUCUUCAAGAGAGAGGACUAACAAGUUUAGAAUCAAAUAUCCAGCCAGUGCAGUCGCCAGUGACGGUGUGUGGAGAUAUUCACGGACAAUUUCAUGAUCUCUUAGAGCUAUUUCGAGUCAGUGGAGGACUCCCCGACGACGUUAACUAUAUAUUUUUGGGCGAUUUUGUUGACAGAGGAUACUUCUCAUUGGAAACGUUUACAUUGUUAAUGUGUCUAAAGGCAUUAUAUCCCAACAGGUUAACGCUUGUUCGUGGAAACCACGAGAGUCGACAGAUCACACAGGUGUACGGAUUUUAUGAAGAAUGUUUGUCAAAGUACGGCAGUACAACUGUAUGGAAGUACUGUUGUCAAGUGUUUGAUUUCCUGACAUUGGCCGCCAUCAUUGACGGCCGCAUCUUAUGUGUUCACGGCGGACUAAGUCCGGAAAUUCGCAUGCUCGAUCAGAUCCGAGUGUUAUCACGAGCCCAGGAGAUUCCCCACGAAGGUGGAUUCUGCGAUCUUGUAUGGAGUGAUCCAGACGAUGUUGAAACAUGGGCAGUUUCACCCCGUGGAGCCGGCUGGAUUUUUGGCGCCAAUGUGGCCAGGGAGUUCAACCACGUCAAUGGACUGAACCUGAUAGCACGGGCCCACCAGCUUGUAAUGGAAGGAUUUAAAUACCAUUUUAAAGACAAGGAUGUUGUCACCGUGUGGUCGGCACCCAACUACUGCUACCGUUGCGGCAAUGUUGCCAGUGUUAUGAAAGUGGAGGACGACCUGGUACCCAAAUUUACGAUAUUUAACGCUGUUCCUGAUGAUGCCAUAAAAAUGAGGUUGGCGCCCCAGAAAACCCAACGAAGCGAAUAUUUCCUUUGA